AUGCUGGAUCAGUUUGUGGUGCUGUCCAAGACGGGAGCCGUGUUGUGGUCGAAGACAUUCACGCCUUCUCUUUCCAACAAUGACCUAUUGAAUCGCGUGAUUCGCACGUCGUUCUUGGAAGAACGUACAGCGACGGAGCGCAUGGACGUAGAUGGGUAUACCAUCCGAUGGCUGUUUUCCAAUGAGCUGGAUCUGGUUUUCAUUGCCAUCCAUCAGCGCAUUCUCCAGCUCACGUAUAUUAGCACCUUGCUGGACACGGUCUGUGAUAUCUUCACCAAGAAAUAUGCAUCGCUGGUUCGCACGCUACCUACGUUUUCCACGUCCCCAGAUACACUGCAAUCGUACGCCAAUGAUGUGCAGCUGUGGGAAAAGGAAUUUGUACAGCUCCUACGCAAACUUGAGCAAAGUCCCAAGUCCAAGAAAGGCACAUCGACGCCUACUGCGUCGCCGGCGGCGCCCAAGAUUGAGGAAGCGACAAUGACGUCGCCUGUAAGCACCCCAGAGCCACUGAAGAAUGCCAAGGCCGCUGCUGUGGGCCCGCAUGGGCGUCGUGUGGCCUCUGGCAAAGCGAAGAAGGGCAAGGCGGCGCCACGUACAGAGGCGACACCCGAGCCGGAGGGCAAGAAGCCUACGCCUGGCAAAGAGCGGCGCAAGUGGGGCGAUAACAAUGAGCCAUUGAGCGAUGCCGCACUUACCACGCUUGAUUUCAGCGGUGCCAAGAACGACGAGCAGGAUAUCAAUUUGAGCCAGUGGAUUGACGAGCGCAAGAUGGGUACGAAGCGCAGCGACGGUGUAUAUGAGCUGGCAGACGACGAGGCAGAGACGAACGACAAUACCCCCAGUUUCUUUGGGUCAUUGAUGGGUACAGGCCCUACGUCCUUCUUUUCACGCCUGACAGGUGCCAAAGAGGCCUUGACCAAAGACGACCUUGCGCCUGUCCUCCAUGCGAUGCAAAUGCACUUGCAGUCGAAGAAUGUCGCGAACGAUGUGGCGGCGUUGAUUUGCGAGGGCGUGGAGAAGCGACUCCUAGGGAAGCGUCUGGGCAAUUUCGGGAGUGUCAAGGCGGAAGUGCGCAAGUCGUUGGAAGAAUCGAUUACGCGUAUUCUUACGCCCAGUACGAGUACAGAUAUUUUGCUGGAGAUUGCUAGCAAGAAGCAGCGUCGCGCUGAGCUUCUAGCGACGCUGCCAGCGCACGCUGUCAAGGGCCAUGUCUCGCCGGCACUGAAUCCGUACGCAAUUGGGUUUGUCGGCGUGAAUGGUGUGGGCAAAUCUACGAACUUGGCGAAAGUAUGCUUUUGGCUCUUGCAAAAUCGGUACCGCGUUUUGAUUGCCGCGUGCGAUACGUUCCGCAGUGGCGCUGUGGAGCAGCUACGAACGCACGUCCGCAAUUUGGGCCAGCUGGAGCUGGACGGACAUCGUGUGGCUGACGGCGUGCCAGGCACAGGGGAGCCGAUGCUGGAGCUGUACGAGCGUGGCUACGGCAAAGAUGCCGCAGGCAUUGCGAAAGAUGCAUUGGCGUACGCCCGUACGAGUGGUUUUGACGUAGUGCUCAUCGAUACGGCAGGUCGUAUGCAGGACAAUGAGCCGCUCAUGCGUGCCUUGGCGAAGCUCAUUGCCGUGAACCAGCCUGACAAGGUGCUCUUUGUGGGCGAGGCCUUGGUCGGCAACGAGGCUGUGGACCAACUCACGAAGUUCCAUCGCGCCCUCAAAGACUACAGUGGAGUGGCCGAUCCACGUGGCCUGGACGGCUGUCUUUUGACCAAGUGGGAUACGGUGGAUGACAAAGUCGGCACCGCGCUCACAUCCACGUGGGCUACGGGACUGCCCAUCUAUUUUGUGGGGACGGGCCAGACCUAUACAGAUCUGCGUCAGCUGCGCGUAUCGCAUGUUGUCAAUGCGCUCCUGCGCGAGUAG